AUUUGUCGCGGGAGCCGGGAAGUGGAAUCUGGCAACUUGACGCAAGGGUAUAUAUUCCUGCGCUCGCCUCCAUCUUUCCUUAGUCGAUCCAGCUAGCCCUUCGUAUUGUGAAGCCCUUGCCGGUCUACAGCACCUUUCCGCCACCACCAUGAGUUCUGAAGCUGCUGACGUGAAGAAAGUCCAAGAGACCAAACCAAAGGAAGAUGUAAAAGAAACAAAGGAGGAGGUCAAGGAGGAGACCAAAGAGGAGACCAAAGGGGAGACCAAAGAAGAGACCAAAGAGGAGACCAAAGAGGAGACUAAAGAGGAGACUAAAGAGGAGACUAAAGAAGAGACUAAAGAAGCUGAUGAUAGCAAGGAAAAAGAGAAAGCAAAAGAUGGUGAGGCAGCCACUGAAGAACCCACUAAGGAAGCUGCACCAGCUGAAGAAGCCAAGGAGGACGCAGCGCCGGCAGAGGAGGCCAAAGAAGCAGCAAAAGCAGAAUCUUAACCAUCCCCUAUAGACACUCGCUACAUCGUCUUGUACACACACAUACAUCAUCUUUAAACACACAAUAUAGUCUAAUAAAUACACACCAUCUUAAAACCCUGAACCUUCUCUUAAACACAUUCUGUCGGUUUAAAGUUUUUUGAACCUUUAAAACCCGAGAUUCUUUCUUGUCAUUAAUUAUUGUCCCUUUAAUGUUAAUGAUAUGCCUCUCUCUGGCUACUCAAAAGUGCUCAUUAGCUGUAAUAUUUUGUAGUGAUAUUAUGUACAGUACUGUCUGAAUGUGAAGUGUGCUUGGUUAAGUUGUACACUAUUGAGAUAUCUGUAAUACUUAACUUUAUCAUCAUUUAUGUAUUCUUAUUGUCAUUGUCAUCUCAAAUAGUAUGCAAACCAUGAGAUUUUCAGACACAUGGUACUCUAUGUUCUGUUUCUCAGAAUCCCAAAUUGUAUUUAACUUGCACAUUAAUGAUACACUCCUUAAAAUUUUAUUUGAAAUUACAAAAAUUAACAGCUAAAAAUGGAUUCUAAAGUGUUUGCCCACUAAAAGAUAACAUGAACAAUUUGGGGAGGUUAAAAGUGUAAAAGUCUGCAGGUUACUGUACAGUAUAAGCAAUAAAUCUCUUGGUUAUCUGUUGUAAAA